CGACGGUCUGUUGUUCAAUGUCCAACCGCGGGGUGUGGGGAAACCACCAACAGAGUUCAAGCGGCCAAAGUCCAUCAACAAGCUGGAUGAAUCAGACUUUGAGGACGAGGAGACCGAUGAGCUCCUCGAUCUGGCGAGCGAAACCCUUCUGAGCGCCAUGACCAUCCGGCCCGUUCCCCUGCAAAAGCGCGAGCACUCUGCCCGGGCGAGAUCCAACUACGACUCCUUUGGUCCGUACCACCUCGAUAAUUUCCAGGUCUCCCGUCCGACUUCGGCUCGGCCGACGUCAGGACGACAGCCUUCGACCCGGGCUACGUCUGCCCGACCGACUUCGGCAAAGAAUGCAGAGCUCCUGCACAACACCCAAGCCAACAUGCGAAUCCCCAGCGCACUCAUCAACAAAACCGGCAACUCGUACUCGUGGAAGAGGAACAACCCAGGAAUGCGCUUGCUUCCGCUCAACUCCUCAGUGGCGUCAGCGCAAGCUCCAGCGUCGUUACCGCUGAAUGAUGUGAUAUUCGGAACCAGCAUCGGGCAACUCAAGGCUGCCGGCGGCCCGCCCCAGCCUCCGGUUGGAUGGGACACUUCGUCGCGACCAUCAACAUCGUACUCGACCGCCGCGGCACCUUCCGGCAAGCGUCUCCCGCCGAUCCGAGGUGGAAUCGCUACGCCGAGCGUGGCUUCUCACGAUGCCAUCACGGAGGCCCUUGGAGGAAGCAGCCCGGCGCUCAUGUACGGCGGUGGGGUGCCGAUGGGCCAGGCCAAGUCUACGAGACAUGUGCUUUUCGACGCUCCAGAGACCAUCGAGAUAGUGAACCGAACUCGGGCAGGCUCGCCCAGGCCAUUUUCGGCGAGACGACAGCCUUCCGCCAACUUCCGGAACCGGCUGACAUCAACGUCCAGGCCACACACUGCCUUUGAGCGAGAGGAUUCCAAGACGGCCGCCAUUGCCUCCAAGUCAAAAUCUCGAAUCACCAGCGGCACGCAUACCGCCAGCGAGGACCGGGCCAUCAGCCCCAUCACCGGCACAAGAAUGGCGCAUUCAGGAUCGCGGCCGCCGAUCAUCUCCAGACGAAAGGCCCGAGACGGCUGAAUGUCCAAUGCUCGCCCAAGCAAAACAGAUCCGCAUCGGCGGUGGCGGUGCCGUCCUGCUGUCGAGGACUCAGGCAAAGCCGCAACCUGGAUGAUUCCCGGCUGUGCCUCCCGCACAAUCCACCCCAGCGAGACCGGCCGAGAGGAAGGCGACAUGCGGCGAGAAGCAGGCGCCUGCCCUCCCAGAUGGCCUGCAGCACCAUGCCCGGAGCUGCCCAGCGGCAGCAAUAGAUGUAUCUUGAUCCAGA